AUGAAAUCACCUAGAAAACGAAAGCGCCCUCUUUCAGAUUCUCAAAGGACAACAGAGAAGAUUGCAAAGAGGAAUCACCGCCCCGCCAAACCGAAAGACGACAAGAAGGAUGUUGACGAAAAUGAGGUCAAGGUUGGGGACCAGGCCAUCAGCGACGCUAUGAGAAAUAACUGUGCAGCCGCGGCUGAGCCCGAGAAUGCCGUGGAAAACGAGGGUGCGCCCGACCGUCCAUGGGGAGCUUUAGACGACCCCCACAAGCUCAAAGUUAUCACAUGGAACGUGGCCUCGUGCCGCUCCAUGAUCAAGAACGGCUCACUUUUACGCUACAUACAGCAGGAGGCUCCCGAUAUUCUAUGCUUGCAGGAAACAAAAAUGACAGAUAAGGCCGUCAAGGAGUUCCCAGAAGUAGCAGCCUACGAUGUGCACUGGAACCAUUCGGAGAAGAAAGGGUAUUCUGGAGUAGCAAUACUAGUGCGCAGGGAUUUGGACGAACGGAAGAAGGUGCGGGUAAAGAGGGUAGAGGCGGGAAUAGGGCUUGCUGAGGCGGACAAGGAGGGCCGCGUUUUAGUGUGCUACCUUUCAAGUGGAGCAGCGAUUGUGAAUGCGUACGUGCCAAAUUCGGGUCAGAAGCUAGCGCGCCUAGAAUUCCGAACGAAGGAGUUUGAGGCUGGGCUUCGAAAGUUUUUGGACGACCUAGCGAAAGAGCACCGGGUCGUCUACUGUGGAGAUUUAAACGUCGCUCACAAUGAAAUUGAUAUCCACAACAGUAAAGCGAAUCGCAAAAACGCAGGUCAUACUCCCGAAGAAAGGGAGGAGUUUUCGAAGCUGCUGUCGAGCGGGGAAGGGUGGGUCGAUUCCUUCAGGGAGCUGUACCCCAGCGUGCCAGGGUAUACGUAUUUUUCUCGGCGGUUCGGGGCGAAGCUGAAGAAUGAGGGAAAAGGGUGGCGGCUUGACUAUCAUGUCAUUGAUAAGGCAUCGUUCAAGAGUGGUGUGGUUGGAGAUGUGUAUGUGCGAACGCAGGUAGAGGGAUCUGACCAUUACCCGGUUGUGCUAGAGUAUCGAUUCGGUGAGAGCGGAUGAGAAGCUGCGAACCUAGAGGCGGAUCUUGGAUGGUUGGCAAUAAACGAACUCACUGGCACGACUACCCAGCUGAACGUCAAGCACUUCU